GCAUGCCGAAUUCCAGUUUGCUAAAGAUGGCGGCCUCCAUUGAAAUGACACGAUACUCAGUAGCGUGUCAGUAUAUGCAGUAAUUUAUCGCUGUAGCGCUACUUCAGCAAAAUUUUGAUAACGGAAUAGGUUCUGCGGGUUACUUACAAAUUGGAAUUCGCUGGCUUUAAAUGACCGUAGCAGUAUAGAGCAUGUUUGCCCCAAAAUGUCACUGUGUAUGUGACGAUUCAAAGGAAGCCCUAUGAUAGACAGCAGCGAUAUCUUCGCAAUAUCUAACAGUAUCUUAUAUUUAGUACAAUUACUUUUGUUAUUUACAUUUUAAUCUGGACUGUCUCAUUACUUAAAGGGGUAUAUAUUUAUGCUCAGCUUGCUGAUGUUCGGCUACAGCUCCAUCUAGAGCAUUUAAAAUUACGUAGUGGCUUUUAGGAAGACGUUUUAUUACUUUCGAAUGAGUGACUAAGAGGCUGAAGUCCGUGACGAUGGCAGUGGUGCGAACCAAAGCGUCCUGCAUCGGCCGUCUCUGCACGGCUCGCAGGAGCAUCAGCCUGUUUCCUAGCACUUCACCCUCCAGCUGGAGCAAAGUAGUGUCGGAUGCUGAGAAAAUCGUGGGCUACCCGACCUCCUUCAUGAGCUUGCGCUGUCUGCUGAGCGACGAGCUCAGCAACGUGGCGAUGCACGUCAGGAAACUGGUGGGGACUAAACAUCCGCUGCUGAACACCGCCAGGGGCUUUGUGCAUGACAGCAGAAACAACCUGCAGAUGCGGGGCCUAGUCGUGCUGCUGAUGUCCAAGGCAGCUGGUCCGAGCUCCGCCUCCUCUGGGCUCCUGCACCAAGACAUGGUCAGUGGGAUUUACCCCAGCCAGAGGAACCUGGCUGAGAUCACAGAGCUGAUCCACACAGCAUUCCUGGUCCACCGCGGCAUUGUUGAUCUCAAGGAGUGGACCCAUUCCGAUGGGCCGCUUAAGGACAUGCAGUUUGGGAACAAGAUGGCAAUCUUGAGCGGUGACUUCCUGCUGGCCAAUGCUUGCACCGGACUUGCACAGCUGAACAACACCAAGGUGGUGGAACUGAUCUCCAGCGCCAUUGGGGAUCUGGUCCAGGGCAUAUACCAUGAGAAUGACAGCUGGGCAGAGGACAGUAGUCUGACCGAGGACAUGACCGUGGCUUCCUGGGAGGACAAGACAUUCCUGUCCCAUGGUGCUUUGUUGGCGAAGAGCUGCCAGGCAGCCUUGGAGCUGGCGAUGCACGACAAGGAGGCUCAGGCCCUGGCUUACCUCUAUGGGAAGCACAUGUCAUUGGCUCACAAGGUAAAUUCUGACCUGCAGCCUUUCGUGAAGCGCAGUGCAGGGGACCCAGUGACCUUGAAUCCGGUGACCUUGGGCCUGAACUCUGCCCCUGUGCUUUUGCACCGUCAGAUAGUGGGCCCCGAGCGGUGGGCGCACCAGCUGAAGCAGGCAAAAGCUGCUGGGAAAAAGGUUGAUUAUGCAAAGCUUUGGGAAGCAGUCUCAGCUGAGAACGGCGUGAGAGCGGCCAUCGACCUUUGCUGUUGCCACGGAAACAAAGCCCUGGAUGCCAUUAAGUGCUUUCCGCCCUCAGAGGCCCGGUCUGCCCUGGAGAACUUCGCCACCGCCAUCACUAAGUUCUGAUCAGGGAUGUCUGGGGAUCUUCACCCCUUCCCUGGGGGUUUUGACCAGGCCUGGCUGGAUCUGACUGGGAAUGGUCUGUGCACACUGGUGGGUUCCAUGCGUCUUUAUUAAACGCUGUUUCUCGCAGUCCUCCAAAAAUAAACGCCUUGUACACAA